AUGGUUUCUCAUGGGUUAUUUCUGAUUCUGGUCAUGAUCGCGAUCGUAGGAUCUACUAACAUAGUCAACGCCCGUUGUAAAGGGACAUGCGAUCGGUUGACCCUGCCGUACCCAUUCGGGUUCUCAGACGGUUGUCCGAUCCGGUUGAACUGCUCCAUGUCGGGUCUACCUAUGAUCGGGGACUUUUCCGUCAAAAACCUGACGGUAGAUAGUAUAUUCGUCGCCCUAACGCACAACUGCAACCGGACAAUUGAAGACAUGAAACCUCUAUUCGGAGAGCUCUACGCGCCGUCAUUGGAGAACGCUUUCCUUAUGGAGAACUGCACGCGCCGCCCAACCGAUGGCUGCUCGAUCAAGCCGACGUUCUUGGAGUCUCAACUACAAAUGAAAAGCUGCGAAACCAAAGGAAACAUAAGAUGUUUUUCUCUAGAUAAGAAUACAACCAAGUUCUUCACUAUGGAGGAUUUGAGGCAGAGCUCGUGUCGUUUACUCUUCUCGUCAUUAACGUUUGAGUCGGUUGCCUUAAAUGCCGGCGUGGCUGUAGAGUUCGAGCGAGUUCGGCUAGGUUGGUGGCUGAAGGGAGAUUGCAGAGAGGAAAAUUGCUCGGAAAAAAACGCCGUGUGUAGUCAAGUUGUCACUCCCGAUGGAAGUUCAGGGCACCGGUGCUCAUGUCCAGAGAGUUACGAAGGAGAUGGUUUUAUUAGUUCUUGCCGGAAAGGUCAGUGCGGACUAACCUCCAACCGGAGCUGUAGUGAUGUUGAAGACGAAGACACUGGAUUGGAUAUGGUAGGCUUCUACUGGAGCCUUACAAUGACCUAUGUGAUUGUAUGUACAGGAUUUCUUGUCCUACUGUGUUUCGAAUCUCCUCCCCGUCAAGCAUGGUUCAGCCUUGUCGAUAAUUUCAUCCACUUGGUAAAACGGACCUUAAGGUAUGCUUAG